GGGAACUACGUCAUAUCCGGUCUACUGCGACGCUGUCAGUGUCACACAGCUAGCAAGCGAGCGGCUUUACUUGUUAUUAGCAUUUCUCUGGAUUGAUCACAGGUUAGUUUGCUAUCAACACGACGUGAUUUAAUGCCUGAAGGGUUGUAAACGAGGUCCUAAUGGACAGCCUGUGUUAGGUCCCCGCGUGAAAAGGAGAAUUUAACUUCAAAACAGCAGGCGAGGCUAAAGGAAGAACACGUUGUCUUCUUUGUCAGGCAGCGGGCAAGUAGGCAGUAAGUGGGUCGCUCGGUCAAGAAACGCCAUCUGGCUGUAACAUAUAUUUUUUUAGACAAAAAAACACUUUGAUCUCGUACUCAGGAUGCCAUGCCACAAUCAGCAACUGAACAGUAUCAACAGUGGCCAGGAGCACCCUAUGAAGCAAGUACGAUUUGCAAACAGCAGCACUGUGCCUGCAGUGCUGUCCAACUCUGAACCCUCUGAUGUCACCAUACAGCAUGACAGCCAGGAUAACAUUGGACUCCCUCAGCUUAAACUGCUCCCUCUGAAUGACCAGAUCCGAGAGUUGCAGACUAUAAUCAGAGACAAAACGACCAGCAGAGGAGACUUUGUGUUUUGUGCUGACCGACUGAUCAGACUGGUAGUUGAAGAGGGUUUGAAUCAGCUGCCUUACUCAGAGUGCACUGUGACCACGCCAACAGGGUACAAGUAUGAAGGUGUCAAGUUUGAAAGAGGCAACUGUGGAGUCAGCAUAAUGAGGAGUGGUGAGGCUAUGGAGCAGGGCCUCCGGGAUUGCUGCCGCUCCAUCCGAAUUGGCAAGAUCCUCAUCCAGAGUGACGAGGAGACACAGAAAGCCAAGGUGUAUUACGCCAAAUUCCCCCCAGAUGUGUAUAGAAGAAAAGUGCUGCUCAUGUACCCCAUCCUCAGUACAGGGAACACCGUGAUCGAGGCGGUGAGGGUGCUGAUAGAGCACGGAGUCCAGCCCAGACAUAUCAUCCUCCUCAGCCUCUUCUCUACGCCUCAUGGUGCUAAUUCUAUAAUCCAAGAGUUUCCAGACAUCACCAUCCUGACAACGGAGGUUCAUCCAGUGGCUCCUACACAUUUCGGGCAGAGGUACUUUGGCACCGACUAAACUGACAACAACCUGAGGAACAUGAUCUGAAAUUUGCUUUUAAGUAUAUUUUGUGUUGUUUAUUUAAAUGUCUCAUGUUCUCCUUGUUGUGCCAAAUACUGCUACAUUAUCUCCAAAGUUCCCUAACUGAUAUAAUCUGAUGGAUUGUAUUUAUUUACGUGUUUUUGCUGCCGCAUACUCCUGCAAAAGAGAGAAAUACUCUGAACAAUAUAAAGGGUUCAACUUGGAUCAUUUUAUUUGCAUGUUACAAUAAAUGAUGGAAAAUAAAAAGUUUAUAUUUGUUAACAGACAAAACUGCA